GUACUUCCACUUUGUAUGCAAACAUAAACCAGUUGUUAAAUCACUGCUGAUCUUACCCGACAUGUCACAUGACUGGUUACAUUAAUACUUUGUUUGGUGGUGAUAUAAACUUGCCAACAAACUUCAAGUUGAUAUUUAUUUUACUCUGUUUAGCUGAAUAUUACGUGUUGAUAGACAUUGGACAAUAUAGGUAGAUUGGUGUGUUUUGUGUGUGUUUAAAGUCAUUUAGCCUAGAUACCGUAUUAUUUGAGUUAAAUCAAAGAUAUUGUGAACAAAAGCUUCAGUGGUCAACAAAAUGGCAACUUUUUCGAAAACCACCAUUGAAAAAGGAUCUGACAUUGUCCAAGACUUCUUGUGUUCGACCUGCGAAGACGAGAAAAGGCAAGAAUCGGCUGAUUUCUAUUGCGAAUCUUGCGUGAAGUUUUACUGCCAAAAAUGUAUCCACUUGCACGGCCAGCUGUUUAAAAAACAUUCCCCUCAUGGAAGGAGUGAUAUGAAGGAAUGGCCUGUUUCUAAGAAGGUGGAAGAUUUCCUUUAUAAAUGUGAUGUUCAUAAGGAAGAAAACUUGGCAAUGUUUUGCAAAGACCAUAACCUGCUGUGCUGCAAUAAUUGUGCUUUCCUUAAUCACAGGCAAUGCAAAAUGGUGGUGCUGCUAUCAGACUUGGUAAAAAAUACCUCCACAGACCUAAAAAAAGUAUCAAGUACUAUCCAAACUACUCUGGCAGAACUGAAGAAGCUUCAAGACAGUCAGGAGGCUGCCAUGAAGUCUAUGCAAAUUUCAUAUGAUGAGCAGUUACAGAAGAUACAGGAAACUCGGCAAAAAAUUCUUUCAGCCUUAGACAUGCUUGAAAAGAGGACACUGCAGGAAAUGAAAUAUGCACUGACCAAACUGCAAACCUCUCUAAAAAGUAAUGUUGACAAAUUUUCCACUUUUCGAGAUGAAUUAAAACAAUUUGGAGAUGCCAUACAGGACAUACAUGAUAAAGGCAAGCAGGAACUAUCUCUUAUAGCCAGUAUUAAAUGUCAGGACAAAAUACAGCAGUUUAAAAUGGAGAACUUUGUUCAAUUGAAAUCGUCAAUAACUUUCCAACCUAAUAGGGAAAUUGUUCAGUACCUUUCCAAGUUGUCAGGUAUUGGAAGGAUUAAACAUUGGAACGUGACAGACCUAGAAAUAAAGAUUAACGGAAUGUCUGAGUAUGAUGUCCUUUCAAAACAAGAGUCAAAAUGCAGUAUCAGAGGCAUGUAUGUUCUACCUAGUGGACAGGUCCUGGUUGUAGACACCGGUAAUAAUAGUGUCAAGCUGUUAAACCAGCAGUACCAGAUGGUGAGUGACUGUAGUGUACCUGGUGAGCCAAAGUGCAUAUGUCAGUUCACACCCAGUGAGGUUGGUGUUACUGUCGGUUCAGACUCAGAGGUCCAGUUUAUCAAAGUCAACAACAACCAGCUGGUGAAAGGCAGAAAGCUCAAGUUUAAACAUUACUGUUAUGGUAUUGCUUACGACAAGGGAGACCUGUUUUUAACCUCUGGUAGUGCACUGUACAAGUACUCGCUGGAUGGUAAACUAGUCAGCAAACUUCACGGUGAUGAUACCCCAAAUGAAAGUACAGGUGAUUGGACAGUAGCGUUCUGUGCAUUGAGCCCGACAGGUGACAAGUUGUAUAUCACAAACUCUGUAUUGCACCAGCUCCUUACCCUUACCAGGGAUGGAUCAGUCCUUUCCAUCUUCAAUGACCCUGAAUUAGCAUGGCCUAUGUGUGUACAUGUGACACCUAAAGGCCAGGUACUGGUAUGUGGAACGAAAUCCAACACUAUCCUACAAAUUGACAGUACGGGAAAGCAUAAGCUGUCCACUCUGGCUACACGGAGGGAUGGGCUUCGGGGUCCAAAGUCAGUGUUCUAUAGCAGCAACACUGACUCCAUUAUUGUGGGGCAGGAUGGUGACAAGAUCCUUGUGUACAAAGUGAAAUAGCUUAUCAUUCUUGUAUCUGAUGUGUGUAAUAAUCAGUGAUCCAAAUAACAAUAAAUGUAGCUGAUAGUCAAAUAGUACUAUGUUACAAUGCAAUAAUCUUUUUUGAAAUAUGGUAUAUGUGCAGUAAUAAGUGAUUUAAUGACAAAAGCUGUUUAUGAAAUAGUUUUAUGUUAGAGUGCAAGAAUGUUUUUGAAAUGUUGGUACUUCUAUUUUUUUUCUUAAAAUAAUGUUAUCCCUCAUGAUAUUUUUAGAAUGUGAUUUAUUAGAUUUGUAACAAUUAGUUGAUUGAUUAAUUUAUUUCUCUUUAAGAAUCUCCCAUAAAAUAUAGUCUAUGAACAACUUAUUAAUCAAUAGUAAUUAAGCCAAUAUUUUGUCAUUAAUGCAUAGUCUUUACAUUAACAUACAUUGUAAAUGCUUUAUCUUUUUAGCUCACCUGAGCACAAUGUGCUUAUGGUGAGCUUUUGUGAUCUCCUUUUGUCCGUCGUCUGUUGUGCGGCGUCAACAUUUGCCUUGUUAACACUCUAGAGGCCACAUUUAUUGUCCAAUCUUCAUGAAAUUUGGUCAGAAGAUUGGUCUCAAUAGUAUCUUGGAUGAGUUCAUAAAUGGUUACGUUUGCUCGAAAAACAUGGCUGCCAAGGGGCGGGGCAUUUUUCCUUGUAUGGCUCUAUAUGGCUAUAGAAAAAUCUUGUAAGCACUCUAGAGGCCACAUUUAUUGUCUGAUCUUCAUGAAACUUGGUCAGAAGAUUGGUCUUAAUGAUAUCUUAGAUGAGUUCGAAAAUGGUUUUGGUUGCUUGAAAAACAUGGCCACCAAGGGGCGGGGCAUUUUUCCUUAUAUGGCUAUAGGCUAUAGUAAAAUCUUGUUAAUACUCUAGAGGCCAUAUUUAUUGUCCGAUCUUCAUGAAAUUCGGUCAAAAGAUUCAUCCCAAUAAUAUCUUGGACGAGUUAAAAAAUGGUGCCGGUUGGUUGAACAACAUGGCUGCCAGGGGGCAGGCAUUUUUCUUAAUAUAGCUAUAGUAAAACCUUGUUAGCACUCUAGAGGCCACAUUUAUUUUCCGAUCUUCAUGAAACUUGGUCAGAAGAUUUGUCCCAAUUAUAUCUUGGAUUAGUUCGAAAAUGGAUUUGGUUUGGAUCCUAAUGAUAUCUUGGAUGAGUUUCAAAAUGGUUUUGGUUGCUUUAAAAACAUGGCCACCAGGGGGCGGGGCAUUUUUCCUUAUAUGGCUUUAUAUGACAUUAGUAAAAACCUUGUUAACACUCUAGAGGCCACAUUUAUUGUCCAAUCUUCAUGAAAUUUGGUCAGAAGAUUGGUUUCAAUGAUAUAUUGGAUGAGUGUGAAAAUGGUUCUGUUGGCUUGAAAAACAUGGCUGCAAAGGGGCGAGGCAUUUUCCAUAUAUGGCUAUAGUGAAAUCUUGUUAACACUCUAGAGGCCACAUUUAUUGUCCGAUCUUCAUGAAACUUGGUAAAAAGAUUAAUCCCAAUAAUAUCACGGACAAGUUAAAAAAUGAUGCCGGUUGGUUGAAAAAUAUGGCCGGUUGGUUGAAAAAUAUGGCUGCCUGAGGGCGGGGCAUUUUUCCUUAUAUGGCUAUAGUAAAACCUUGCUAACACUCUAGAGGCCACAUUUAUUUUCCGAUCUUCAUGAAACUUGGUCAGAAGAUUUGUCCCAAUUAUAUCUUGGAUUAGUUCGAAAAUGGAUUUGGUUGCUUUAAAACAUGGCCACAAGGGGGCGGGGCAUUUUUCCUAAUAUGGCUAUAUAUUGCUUUAAUAAAACCUUAUUAACACUCGAGAGGCCACAUUUAUUGUCCGAUCAUCAUGAAACUUGGUCACAAGAUUUGUCCCAAUAAUAUCUUGGACAAGUUCGAAAAUGGUUCCUGUUGCUUGAAAAACGUGUUCACCAGAGGGCGGGGCAUAUUUCCUUAUAUGGCUUUAUGAAUCUUUAUGAAACUUUGUCAGAAUAUUUGUUUCAAUGGUAUCUUGGAUGUGUAUGAAAAUGAUUCUAGUCUGUUAAAAAAUAUGUUUGCCAGGGUUUUCACUAGUCAUGAAAGUUGGUAAGAAAUUUUGUUCUAAUGACAUCUUGGGCUGCACAGAACAGGUCAGUUCCUUUGAAUCUCAGGUGAGCGACUUUGGGCCUUUCAGGCCCUCUUGUUUUACAGUGUGUAUGAUUGUUACUUGGUAGUUGGCUUGCUUAUCAUUAUGUUGUACCAAGCACUUAGUUGAUACAUGAAGAAUAAUAGAUUACUGUCUGAUUGUUUUUAGCUCACCUGAGCAAAACAUGCUCAAGGUGAUCUUUUGGGAACACUUUUUGUCAAUCAUGCAUCGUCCAUAGUGUUGAUUGAUGCCUUCUUGAAUAGCCAUGUGAUGAUUGUGUAACAGGGUUACAGUUCCCUAGAAAUUGGCCCAAAUUUACUGGGUUCUCACAUCAAAGACCCUUUUCUUGAUGUCAGAUGGACAGCACUGACAAGACUUAUACAGUUUGCAGUCAUUCAGUAGUUUGUGUGUGAUUAUCAUAGAAUUGUGAUUUUUACAGGUUUAAUUGUUGUUUCAAUAUUAUCAUUACAAGGUGAGUCUGUAAAUGGUUCUGGUAGUUUAAAAAAAAACUUUGUUCAAAAUGUGAACAUUUGGGUUAUAAAAAACAACAACAAUCACAUUUUUAAGAAGCACAAAAACUGUUUGGUUUAAUCAAUUUCAUAAAUUAUAUAGGGGCGAUAAGAACAAUAGAAAAAUAUGUUAAAAAAUAUUGUGUACCCUGUCCCACUCAACACAUGAUUAAACCUUUUUUGCCCCUGUUAUUACAACUAAUAUUAAAAAAGGAUUCUGGUGCUAAAAGACUUUACAAUAUUGUAAAUAGAAACAAUGAAAAACCUAUAGUUAAAGUAAAAUGGGGUAUAAAACUCAAUACCAUAAUUAAUGAAAAUGAAUGGAAUUGUAUUUUUGAACUUCCCUUUUUAAUAACAUAUGAUGUAAAGGUUCAAUGGUUCCAAUACAGAAUAAUUCAUAGGAUUCUUGGAACAGUCUAUUGAACAAAAUGAAAAUAACUGAUGAUCCAUGUUCUUUUUGCAAACAAAGUGAGGAAAAUUUAAAACAUUUAUUCUGGGAACGUCAGAUUUCUAAAGCAUUAAUUAAUGAGAUAUUACCAGAACAACUAUUUCCUUUCAUGAAUAAGAAAACUUUUCUCCUUGGGUAUUUAACAAAGGCAGCUAGAGCCCUAAAUAUUGUUAUUUUGUUUAUUAAACUAUACUUAUACAAGUGUAAUAUAAGUAAAUUAAUUCAAAACAUUACAGGAGCCAAAAAAAUACAUAAAGUAUGAAUAUGAUAAUUUAAGAAAAACAGCAAUUUCAAAAAAUAAUUCAGAAUCCUUUGACAGUGAAUGGAAAUUGUUUACUACCAUUGUAGAGCAAACUUAGUAUUUAAAUUUUAUAUUUGCUAUAAUAAAUUGCUGUCUUGUUUACAACUUUGUAGAAAUACUAUGUUUUAAUUCAAAGAACCAAGUGGUAAUCUUAUAGGUAGGACCAAUGUGUCAUAAAUCACAAUUACAUGUACCUAUUUUUGUUUGUAUAUUCCUGUUAUCUUUUGAAUAUGCAAAUUCGUUUUGCUUGUUACAUUUAAUACACAUUUGUAUACAUUCUGGGAAAUGUUUUUAUUUAAGGUACCUAUUAUUGCUUUCUAUGCAAUUUUUUCAUCUGUAAAUGCAUAUCCUAUCUGCCUAUUACAAUUUAUAAAUAAUAUUACUUUAGUUAUGUAAACAUACUGGAAAAUGCCUUUUUUUACUUCUGUUCUUAUAAAAACUUUUUUUGUGUUUUUUUCCAACACAAAAUUACAUGAAAUUGUUUUUUUAUUUACAGCCAUUCCUCAGUUUGCUCUAAGUUUGUAAUCUUUAUAUGUCAGAGCAUAAUAUUUAGAGGAAAUGCAUAUGUUUUGUAAAAUUGGAUAUGUAAUCUCCAACAAAGAAAUACUGCCUGUGAUCUUGUUAUCAACAUAGUUUUAUUUACACUCUUAAAAGAAUAAUAUUAAGAGGAAAUGCUAACGUUUUGAAAAUAUUUCAAUUUGUAUAUUAUAUUGAAGUAUUUUUUUUCUUGUAAGGUAAACAUACACUAGAGAUUUUAUCCACUGUAUUAUGAUAAUAGCUUUGAAUGUCACUAUCUAUAUUUAUAUAGAUAACUUACGACUUUAGAUGUAUUGCAUAUAUGUUGUUUCUGUGUGUACGUGUUACCAGACAUGAAAUAAAAUGUGUUGGAAAAAAAAAAAAAUCUAAAAAAAAGUGUCAGAUGUUUGGUACCUGAAAAGAAGAUCAAUGUUGAAUUUCAAAUAGAAUCUAGAUAUUCUUAUACUCAUUUACUUCCUUAUAAUAUACUUUGAUAUAUGAUAACAAUCAACAUAUUGUGUUUAAUUAUGCAAAAACUAUUUAAUGAACACUCAAUCUAUUGAAAAAAUACAGUUGUUUUUGAUAUCUAAAGCUGUUCUUGCAAAAACAAUUCAUCCCGUAUAACAUCCUAAGAUGCUGAGAUGCUUAUCUAAUCAUCUCAAAGCUUGACUACAAUUUGUGAAAAAAAAGAAGUUCCAUUUUCGUUUGCUGAUUGUGCUCAAUAUUAAAUUACUGUCCCCGUAUCACUUAUCCAAAAUUUGUCGCAUUGGGAAGCAAAUAUAUAUUUUAAAAACUAUAAACAAACACAAAAUACCUCGUUUUAAUGCAUAUUUUUAUAUAUCUGCCAAAAAACACUAUUAUGUCAAUUGGGAAUAAUACAUCAAUUUGGGAAUAAAUUGUGUUUUAUCAAAAGUGCAUAAUAUGAAGUUUUAUAUGUUGCAUUUUUCUAGUUUUGCAAAUUAUAAUUAAAACAUAUACUUGCAUAUACAAUUGCAUCAUUUAAAUUGAUUUUACUUCAAAAAUGGAUUUAUUAAUUUAAAAAAAAACGUCAUGAAAUAAAACUGUAUCCAUGCCCCGCAUGGACACGGUUUAAAAAUACAUUUUAAAUGAUACAAAUUCAAUCACUGUUCAUGAAAAAGUCAUGGAAAAUUUCUUAUUAAGCUUAAAUUAUAGAUAAUAUAUUACAAAAAUAUAUGUAGAUCAUGAAAUGAAUAGUUUUGUUUGAGAAAAUCACCAAAAUGAUGUCCAUUCCCAGUUUUAAGUCUUAUUCCCAAUUCACAUAAUACAGUGUUCAAAACAAUAAACCCUUUCUUUUAACAAAACAAUGUCAACAACCCUUUCUUAAGGUAACUUGUACUCAGACGAGCGACCCCAGGGCCACCAUGGCUUUCUUAUUAUUAUCAAUACAUCGCUUUUUUUCUGCAUUAUAUUUCAGUUCUUUUAUUGUGGCUUUUACUUUUAAAUCAGUAAUUACAUUAAUUUAUGUAUAAUAAUCACAAAUAUUCUGUGUUUUUUUGUUCUUCAUGUGCAAAAUUAAAAUCGCGCUUAUACAAAACUA